AUGACUUUUUCAUUGGAGAACCAGCGACAAAAAUCGACUGUCGCUGUCGCCGUGGUAUUCUGUGUACUCCCAACAAUCUCAUACGGCUUACGGCUAUGGAGUCGACGCAUCCAAAAAGUGCUUUUGAAUCCGAGUGAUUAUUGCGCCCUUGGAGCGCUGGUGUGCUGCUGGGCCAUUUGCGGUCUCGCCAUAGUCAAUAUCACUCAUGGAGGCGUUGGUCUUCAUGCGAAGGAGGUUCCUCUAUCUGCAGUUAAGGUGUUUAUGGCCUCAUUAUAUUCAAUCGAGGUACUAUGGGCCGUUGCCGAGGGCUUGAUCAAAACAUCCAUGUGCCUUUUAUACAUGGGAAUCUUUCCCAUGAGGUCUUUCCACAUCGGCCUAUACAUUGCCAUUGGAAUCUGCAAUACAUUUGCGCUGAUGGUCAUUCUAUCCACUACUUUUAUCUGUCUUCCCGUUAAGAUGAGCUUCGAUCCUACCGUGCAAGGCCACUGUGGCAAUCGAAAUGCUCUUUGGCUAAUAAUCGGCAUACUCAACAUCCUGACCGAUGUGUUGGUUGUUAUACUGCCCAUACCAGUUGUUUGGGGACUCCAGAUCCCCCAAAAAAAGCGCAUUGCACUUGUCGGAAUUUUCAGUUUAGGAUCAUUCGUCUGUAUUGUCAGUAUGAUACGACUGCAGUAUCUUAUGAAGGUUGAUUUUACCGGCGAUAUUACCUAUACCGUCGUCAACGCCGUUAUAUGGAGUUUGCUGGAACCUACCCUAGCGGUAACCGUCGGAUGCAUGCCGACAUUCGGUCCGUUAAUUCGCAGUUAUAUCAAGUCCUGGGGGAAAGGAAGCUCGAGUAAUCAUUUGAACCCAAGCAAUGUAUACCAAAGCAGUGCUACUGGACGGUUUCACCGGCUGCACGUCGGAAACUAUCCAGAGAUUCCGCUCAAUUCUAGCGUGGCUAGUCCCGGGUCAUCUAUUCCACCCCGAAAAGACUGCCUGGACGACUUGACAGACACGCAGCAUGGGAAUCUGGGUGAGAACAAGAUAAAGGUACAGACAGAGUGGGAGGUUACCAGCUCCUAA